AUGGCGAAAAUGGCGGUCCAGCUCCUGGGCUUCUUCCUGGGUCUUUUGGGCAUGCUUGGCACCAUCGUGGCCACGCUCCUGCCGUACUGGCGCCGGACGGCGUACAUCGGGUCCAACAUCAUCACGGCCACGGGCGCCAUGACGGGGCUGUGGAUGGAGUGCGUGUGGCACAGCACGGGCAUCUACCAGUGCCAGCUGCACCGGUCCCUGCUGGCCCUGUCGCCCGACCUGCAGGCCGCCCGCGCGCUCAUGGUGCUGUCCUGCUUCGCCUCCGCGUUCGGCAUCGGCGUCUCGGCCGUGGGCAUGAAGUGCACCCGCCUCGCCCAGCGCUUCCCGGCCAAGAACGCCAUGGCGAUGGGCGGGGGGCUCUGCUUCGCGGCGUCCGGCCUGCUCUGCCUGGUGACCGUGUCCUGGACCACCAACGACGUGGUGCGCGACUUCCACAACCCCCUGCUGCCCGGCUCGCGGUACGAGAUCGGGCAGGCCGUCUACCUGGGCUUCUUCUCGGCCUUCCUGAGCCUGGCCGGGGGGGCCACGCUCUGCCUGCCCCUCGGGAACUCCCCGGGCCGCCCCCCUUACCGCCCACCCCCGCCAAAUGCCUUACGGAGGCCCGCGCCCCCGCAUCGACCCCCUCCUGCCUUCAAGAGCAACCACCUCCCCGCCCGCCACUCCGCCUCCAGUGAUGGGUACAGACUCAGUGGCUACGUCUGA